GGGAUGUCGAAGAAAUCAAGAAAACAGUUCUUCCUUGGAAUAUAAAAGUUAUAUAUAAAAAGGACGUCCUUAAAUGGAAAGAAGAUGACAGUUUUUUUGUUGAAACUCACAACUUCCAAGCGAUGCUAGACAAAGUUAGACAACAGCCGUUCGUGACGUUUGUUGGUGUCCCAGGCUCAGGAAAAACGGCUACAGCUCGUCAUAUCGCCAUUCUACUGCAAGAGAAAGACGGGUAUGAAAUAUUACCAACCAAAGACAUAAAUAACACUGAAAUGUAUUGUGACCCUCGCAAUCCACAAGUGUUUGUUAUUGAUGAUGUCCUAGGUGUGUUUGGGUUUGACAUGAAGGAACUUGAGAAGCUCACCAUGUAUCAAGAGAGAUUAAAUGAACCUACAAUGCCAGCCACCAAGGUUCUUAUGACAUGCCGGGAGGUAGUUUUCAAACAUGAAGCUUUCUCAGGAUCCAUUUUGUCAAAUAAAAAACACUUAGUUCAGUUACACAGUGAAGAGAAUGCUUUAAAUGAUCAAGAUAAAUAUGAUUUAUGUGCAAAAUACAACUUAGAUAAAGAUUUGUUAUCAGCAGACACUUUGUCAAAAAUAUCGAAAAGUUUUCCAUAUCUAUGCAAAUUGUUUUCAAGAAAGGAAGAGUUAAAACAUUAUGGGCCACAGUUUUUUAUUUCACCUGUCCCAUGUAUAUUGGAACUUCUCAACAACAUGAAAACAAGAAACAAGGUUCAUUAUGCUUCAUUAGUUUUAUUAAUGACCAAUCAAAAUUCAUUGUCAGAAAAAAAAUUUAACAAUGAAACCACGACGUAUUUUGAUGAAAUGAGGUUCCAGGUUUUAAAAAGAUGCAAAGUUGAUCCUUCGACCUGUAGUUUUUAUUUUAUUGAUGCUUUGACUGAAAUGGAAGGGACUUACACUGAACAAAGUCAAAGUGAGUUUAAAUUUAUUCACGAUUCCAUGCUUGAAAUAAUUGCCUAUCAUUUUGGUCGUCACUUUCCAGAGCUAAUUUUGCAAUAUAUGGAUAGUGAUUACAUUGCUAAUUAUAUCAAACCAGACAAAUACAAAUGUAGGAAACGUAAAAGAGAAGAAAACGAAUUAGAACAAUCAGUCGAUGCGAAGGAAGACAGUGAUACAGUUGCUGACAAAGAACAUGUGCAUGAUUUGUGUAUAAAGCUACAGGAGCCCCAUUACCAUUUACUCGCUGAUCGUUUGUUUGAAGAUGUACAUAAAGGCGAGUUGUUUAAUGUUUUUGAAAACGAAGCGUUAAAACAUCCGUUGGUGCUUCAGAAGUUUUUGGAUGUGAUGAAGAGUAAGCCUUAUUCAGAGUUGUUCACCGUAUUUCUGUCACCGUUAAAAGAAGAAAAACUAGGAAAAAAAUCUAAAAAGAAAUUAUUCUAUAGCGAGCGCUAUGAUCUGCUCAUGAAUUCAAGAUGGGAUGCCAUACGUUGGGACGAUUACAUGUAUAUUCGUGCCAUUGACUGGGUUAUAUUCUAUGGACACAAUCAAAUUUUACACUUUAUCAUAGAUCAGAUAAUAAAAAACACAAAAACGGUCAAUGACCUCUUUCGGACUCCCUACAACAAUCGAUCGGAUGACUUUUGUACAACAGUACAGGGUACAGAUUGUAAUAAAAGAAAUGAAUCAGAUAUCGAUGAAAACAGUGCAGGGAGAUGCGAUGUGUCAGAAGAUGAAUCAUGGUCUGAUUUGUGCUCUGAAAAAAGCGAUGGAUUUUUGGGUACCGAGCCAGUCUUUAUUGAGAAGCGCCGCUUACUUAAUCUUAGUUGUUAUAGUGGUGACCUUCUGACUUUCCAAAUUUUACUGCCAUAUUGUGAUAAAGAUCUCCUUUUUUCUAAAUCAAGUUGGGAUUCUGAUGAUGAUGAUUCUGGUGAUGAUGAUGAUGAUGUGAAAAUUUCUGAUCCACCGAUUGUUGUUGCUAGUAAAACGGGACACUUCAAUAUACUUCUUGAGCUGUUAAACCUUGGUGCAGAUGUAAAUGACGACAGCUAUUGUGAUAAAUCACUGGUUGUUGCAUGUUCAAAGGGACAUUUGGAUAUGGUAAUUGAAUUGUUAAAACUUAAAGCAAAUGUCAAUAUAAACGAUAAUAAUAUGACCCCACUCAUUGUCACGUGUUUAAAAGGGUAUUACGAUAUUGUUCUUGAAUUGAUAAAACACGGAGCAGAUGUCAGUAUCACAGUUUCCGAUAAUUCACCACUUAUUGCUGCAUGUUCAAAUGGAAAUCUUGAUAUAGUACUUGAAUUGUUAAAACAUGAAGCAAACGUCAAUAUCAAAGUUUCUGAUGAUUCACCCCUUAUUGCUGCAUGUUCAAAUGGACAUCUUGAUAUUGUACUUCAAUUGUUAAAACAUGAAGCAAACGUCAAUAUCAAAGUUUCUGAUGAUUCACCCCUUAUUGCUGCAUGUUCAAAUGGACAUCUUGAUAUUGUACUUCAAUUGUUAAAACAUGAAGCAAACGUCAAUAUCAAAGUUUCUGAUGAUUCACCCCUUAUUGCUGCAUGUUCAAAUGGACAUCUUGAUAUUGUACUUCAAUUGUUAAAACAUGGAGCAGAUGUAAAUAUGGAAGUGUCUGGUUUUUCUCCCCUUAUUGCUGCGUGUUCUAUAGGUUUUCAUUGUAUGUAUAACAAUUUGUUAAGACAAUGUGGAGGUGUAGAUACCGGAAUUUUAAAAGAUGAAUCUAAAUAUGCUGCAUGCUCAAAAGUCCAGUUAGAUAUGAUACUCGAACUCUUGAAAUAUAAAGCAGAUGUCAACAUCAAAAUCUGGCGAUCUUCACCUCUUAUUGCUGCUUGUUUAAACAAAUAUAUAAAUAUAUCUACGGUACGAGAAUUGUUAAAACACGGCGCAGAUGUCAAUCCGACUAAUAUUUGUUGGCCCCCACUCAUCGCUUCAUGUACAAAUGGACGUUUUGAUUUAGUAAUUGAAUUGGUAAAACAUGGAGCUGAUGUCAAUAUAAUAAAUCGUUGUUAUUCCCCACUUAUUGCUGCGUGUUCAUACAAGUCUAAGAGUUUAGAUAUCAUAUCCGAAUUGCUAAAACAUGGAGCAGAUGCCAAUGUCAUAGUUGAUGACAAUUUACCACUUAUUAUUGCAUGUAAAGAAGGACAUUUUGAUAUAGUUUGUGAACUAUUAAAACAUGGAGCAGAUGUCAAUGCCAUGGUUUCUAAUAACACCCCACUUUUUGAAGCAUGUUCAAAAGGGCAUUCAAUCAUAGUACGUGAACUGUUAAAACAUGGAGCGGAUGCCAAUAUUUCAGUUUCUGAUGAUUCUCCACUCAUUGCUGCAUGUUCAAAUGGGUAUUUCAAUUUGUUAUGUGAACUCUUAAACCAUGGAGCAGAUGUAAAUAAAAUUGUUUCGGGUAAAUCACCCCUUACUGCUUCGUGUAUUAUUCAUUAUGAUGAAAAGAAACUUCAGUAUAGACAAAGUAAAGGUGCCAAAAUCAUAGAUUUUUGUCCAAAAAAACAUUUAAAUAUAGUUCGCGAACUAAUAAAAUAUGGAGCAGACGUCAAUGGCAAAAACUGUAAAAAUUCACCACUUACUGCUUCUUGCUUGGAAGGCAAUUCGAAUAUUGUAGAUGAAUUGUUAAAAAAUGGAGCAGACGUCAAUAUCAAAGUUUCUGAUAAUUCACCACUUAUUGCUGCAUGUUCAAAUGGAAAUCUUGAUAUAGUAAUUGAAUUGUUAAAACAUGAAGCAGAUGUCAAUAUCAAAGUUUCUGCUAAUUCACCCCUUAUUGCUGCAUGUUCAAAAGGACAGCUUGACAUAGUACUUGAAUUGUUAAAACAUGAAGCAGAUGUCAAUAUCAAAGUUUCUGAUAAUUCACCACUUAUUGCUGAAUGUUCAAAUGGAAAUCUUGAUAAAAUUGAAUUGUUAAAACAUGAAGCAGAUGUCAAUAUCAAAGUUUCUGCUAAUUCACCCCUUAUUGCUGCAUGUUCAAAAGGACAGCUUGACAUAGUACUUGAAUUGUUAAAACAUAAAGCAGAUGUCAGUUUCACAGUUUUUGAUAAUUCACCACUUAUUGCUGCAUGUUCAAAUGGAAAUCUUGAUAUAGUACUUGAAUUGUUAAAACAUGAAGCAGAUGUCAAUAUCACAGUUUCUGCUAAUUCACCCCUUGUUGCUGCAUGUUCAAAAGGACAUCUUGAUAUUGUUCUUGAAUUGUUAAAACAUGAAGCAAACGUCAAUAUCAAAGUUUCUGAUGAUUCACCCCUUAUUGCUGCAUGUUCAAAUGGACAUUUUAAGAUAGUACUUGAAUUGAUAAAACAUGAAGCAGAUGUCAAUAUCAAAGUUUCUGCUGAAUCACCCCUUAUUGCUGCAUGUUCAAAAGGGUACUUAGAUAUAAUAAGUUUGCUAUUGAAACAUGGAGCCGAUGUCAACAUGACAGUUUCAGGCAGAUCACCACUUACUACUUUAUGUAAAAUAUGGUUGUGGGCUAUGUCACGUUUUUUUUUAAAAAACAGAGCAGCAUAUGCAAGAAACCUUUCAAAUGAUACAUUAUUCCGUUUGUCAUGUCGUAAAGUUCAUUUAGCUAUAUUUCGUAAACUGUUACAACAUGGAGCAGAUAUCAACGUCAGACACUGUAAAGACACACCUUUGAAUGCGUCUUGCUCAGUAGAAUAUUUCUAUAUAGUUUGUGAACUCCUUAAACACGGAGCAGAUGUCAAUUUCAUAGUUAAUGAUAGUACUCCACUUAUUACAGCUUGUCAAACUUGGAGUUCAAAUAUAGUGCAUGAACUCUUAAAUCAUGGAGCAGAUGUCAAUAUAACAGUUUCUGAUAAGUCCCCACUUAUUGUUGCUUGUUCAAAAGGGCGUUUACAUAACGUACGUGAAUUGUUGAAACAUGGAGCAGAUGUCAAUAUCACUGUUUCUGAUACAUGCCCGCUAAUCGAUGCAUGUUCAAAAGGACAUUUAGAUAUAGUUCGUGAACUCCUUAAACACGGAGCAGAUGUCAAUACCAUAGUUAAUGAUAGUACUCCACUGUUCACAGCUUGUCAAGAAGGACAUUUAGAUAUAGUGGAUGAAUUGUUAAAACAUGGGGCAGAUGUCAAUAUCAUAGUUAAUUAUAGUACUCCACUUAUUGUUGCAUGUUCAGAAGGACAUUUAGAUAUAGUACGUGAACUGUUGAAACAUGGAGCAGAUGUCAAUAUCACUGUUUCUGAUACAUGCCCGCUAAUCGAUGCAUGUUCAAAAGGACAUUUAGAUAUAGUUCGUGAACUCCUUAAACACGGAGCAGAUGUCAAUACCAUAGUUAAUGAUAGUACUCCACUGUUCACAGCUUGUCAAGAAGGACAUUUAGAUAUAGUGGAUGAAUUGUUAAAACAUGGGGCAGAUGUCAAUAUCAUAGUUAAUUAUAGUACUCCACUUAUUGUUGCAUGUUCAGAAGGACAUUUAGAUAUAGUACGUGAACUGUUGAAACAUGGAGCAGAUGUCAAUAUCACUGUUUCUGAUACAUGCCCACUAAUUGAUGCAUGUUCAAAAGGACAUUUAGAUAUAGUACGUGAACUGUUGAAACAUGGAGCAGAUGUCAAUAUCACCGUUUCUGAUACAUGCCCGCUAAUUGAUGCAUGUUCAGAAGGACAUUUAGAUAUAGUGGAUGAAUUGUUAAAACAUGGGGCAGAUGUCAAUAUCAUAGUUAAUGAUAGUACUCCACUUAUUGUUGCAUGUUCAGAAGGACAUUUAGAUAUAGUAUGUGAACUGUUGAAACAUGGAGCAGAUGUCAAUAUCACUGUUUCUGAUACAUGCCCGCUAAUUGAUGCAUGUUCAGAAGGACAUUUAGAUAUAGUACGUGAACUGUUGAAACAUGGAGCAGAUGUCAAUAUCACUGUUUCUGAUACAUGCCCGCUAAUCAAUGCAUGUUCAGAAGGACAUCUAGAAAUAGUUCGUGAACUCCUUAAACACGGAGCAGAUGUCAAUACCAUAGUUAAUGAUAGUACUCCACUGUUCACAGCUUGUCAAGAAGGACAUUUAGAAAUAGUGGAUGAAUUGUUAAAACAUGGGGCAGAUGUCAAUAUGACAGUUUCCAACAAAUCACCCCUUAUUGUUGCUUGUUCAGAAAAAUGUAUAUAUGCAGUACGUGAACUGUUAAAUCAUGGAGCAGAUGUCAAUAUAAUAGUUUCUGAUAAAUCCCCACUUAUUGUUGCUUGUUCAGAAAGACAUUUAGAUAUAGUACGUGAACUGUUGAAACAUGGAGCAGAUGUAAAUAUCACUGUUUCUGAUACAUGCCCGCUAAUCGAUGCAUGUUCAAAAGGACAUUUAGAUAUAGUAGGUGAACUGUUGAAACAUGAAGCAAAUGUCAACAUCACGAACUCAAAAGAUUCACCACUGACUGUUGCAUGUUCAGAAGGAUAUUUAGACAUAAUACGGGAACUGUUAAAACAUGGAGCAGAUGUCAACAUCAUAAGCUCAAAAAUUUCCCUACUGAUUGUUGCAGGUUGCAUGUUGGAUAUUAAGAAAUAAUGAGUUUGUGAGUUGUCACCAUUUAUUGCAGCAGGUUUAAAAGGUUUAUAGAUAAAGUAGUUGAAUUGUUAACAUAAGAAAAAUAUAUCAAUAUACUAUCUGUAAAAGAUUCAUCUUAUUAAUCAGUCUGCCUCCAAAGUCAUUUAAGAUAUGGUGUGUGUGCUGUUAAAGCAUUGUUUAUGUAUUGUGUAAAAUGAAUUAUCGUGUUUAAAGUAAAUUUUCAGUUUAAAUUAAAACUCUUAUUGAGUUUUGUUGAAUAAUUAAAAAGAUAUCAAUUUAUAUCGCCUGAUUUAUACGAUAUAUACGUGACAUCGCCACGUCCUGAACGUUCAUAUUGUUUAAGGUUUCUUUUUUUGCAUAAUAAAUGUCAUGCUUUAAAAUUUAAAAAUAAGCCCCAAACAAUACAGCAUUUGAAAACAGAUAUAACAUAUACCUUUUCUAACUUUUAUAACAAAUUAGUAAACGUUUCCGUUCAUUUAGAAUAACUAGGUUUGGCCUUUGUAUUUAGAUCAAAUAAUAAAAAGGUAAGACGUGCAAAUUGUGACACGAUGAAUGUUUUGCUUCGAUGGAGAUAAAUAUCACUCAAAAAUGUUAUUAAAUGGAUACGUCAACCUAAAAGUAAGAGCAAGUUAACGGUAUAUCCUUAAUGUGGUUUAAACAUAUAAAAAAGCAUCAGUCAUUUAAUAGAUAAAUUGCAUAGUCAGAAGACAUACGCUGUGAAGGAAAAUAGAAGCCAGAUUCUCAUGUCAUUAGUUAUAUCAUAAAGCUACGUCGAUGACUCUUGGAAGAUCAAUCGAUAAACUGAUUGGGCAUUAAAUUUUCCAUUGUUAUACUCCCUCUAUUUAGAAGCAGUUGGCUUACUUAGUAAAACAAAUGGUAAAAAUGUCAAUAGAGCGUCUUUGCAAAUCUUUUACAAAGAACGAAAUUGUAAAGAUAUACCAGACUAUUCUCAAGCUUUAUAAAAUACAGUUUCUGCAGAAAUUGUUAUAAUAAUGCAUAUUUUCAAAUCUUCCUUGAAAUAGGUGGAUAUUUCAAAGCACGAAUGUCGUCACUGUACGCUGGUUUUUUCAGGAUUUUAUCGCACCUUUAGCAUUGCUUUUGAAUCAACCCUCGUAGUUGAAUUGUUAACAUAAGGAACACACGUUAAUAAAACAGUAGGUAUUCCUUUACUGAUCAUGGUUCCCACAAGACAGUUUCUAAUGAUUCCCCGCUUAAUGUUAUGUAUAAAAAAACAUUCAAAUACCAUGAGUGAUAUAUUAAAACAUGGUAUAAAUGUCAAAAACGCGGAUAAUGUUAGUUUACAAGUUUUGGAGAGGUGAUGUGAAACAUGAACAUUGAAAAAUAAAACUUUUAAUAUUUUUAGUUGGAAAUGUUUGAAAACGUUAAACAGCAAAUUAGUAUGUUAUCUUUAUGAUAAGUUAGCAGACACCUAUGAGUUUAAAGAAAGGACACUGUUUAAAUGUCCAAAUAUUAAUAUAAAAAAAGAAGAAUGUAUUCAAAGUACCUGUGAUGUUGAUGCAAUUGAAUCCCUUAAUCAAGAAUGCAAUGAUGCGAAAAAAAAUGCAGGCACCAAAUUAUGUGUGUGAAUGAUACUCACAGCUAAGACACAAAUCGUAACACAAACGCAACGAAAUUGGUCUUAUUUAACAAGUUUUGUUUUUAAGGUCUUCCGUUCCCAACGGAAGACCU